AUGAGUAGUUAUCUAUAAGCAAUAAGCAAUUUGCUGAAUUUGAUAAUAGUUUUUUAUGAUAAUUUCCUAGAAAAGCAAGCAUCUCCACCAUUUUGCCAAAUCCUUUCAACUCAAAUUGUGUGAAUUCUUUGACCUUCCUUCUUUCUUGUUGUCCCUUCUCAUUCUUCUCUCUCAGCUCGAUAAUGUCAAUGACCAACUACUAUUUAUACGUGAACUCUCCUCUUAACUCUACACUCUGUUUUCGCAUGCUUUUCACUUUCACCACCUUGGAAAUAUACACUGAAUCCUGAAAUGGGUUCUUCGCUUUUGCUCCCUCCGAUUGUUAUCUUGUUUUCAGUGCUGCUGCUGCUUGUUGUUCAUGGCGGAGGAAUUCCAACCACUCUCGAUGGACCCUUCAAGCCCGUGACUAUUCCACUUGACAAAAGCUUCCGUGGAAACGCUGUGGACCUGCCAGACACAGAUCCUCUGGUUCAAAGAAUCGUUCAUGGGUUUCAGCCUGAACAAAUCUCUGUCUCCCUCUCUGCUUCUUAUGAUUCUGUUUGGAUUUCUUGGAUUACAGGGGAGUUCCAAAUCGGGAAGAAUAUAAAACCCUUGGAUCCUGCAUUAGUUGCUAGCAUAGUUCAGUAUGGAAUGUAUGAAAUGUCCAUGAGUCACAAAGCUGAAGGUUAUUCCCUUGUUUACAGUCAACUUUAUCCUUUUGAAGGCCUCCAGAACUACACUUCUGGAAUUAUACAUCAUGUUCGUCUCACAGGACUGGAAGCCAGCACACUAUAUCAAUAUAAAUGUGGAGAUCCUUCUUUGUCAGCAAUGAGUGAUGUUCAUUAUUUCAGAACUAUGCCAGUUUCAAGCCCCAAGAGCUACCCUAGCAGAAUAGCAGUGGUUGGAGACUUAGGUCUUACAUAUAAUACCACCUCCACUGUCGAUCAUAUGAGCAGUAAUCAUCCUGAACUUACUCUAUUGAUUGGAGAUGUUAGCUACGCUAACCUGUAUCUUACCAACGGUACUGGAUCAGACUGCUACUCUUGCUCAUUUUCUAAGACUCCCAUUCAUGAAACAUAUCAGCCCCGUUGGGAUUAUUGGGGAAGGUACAUGGAACCUCUGAUUUCUAAUGUCCCAAUAAUGGUAGUAGAAGGGAAUCAUGAGAUAGAAGAACAAGCUGAGAACAAGACAUUUGUUGCUUAUAGUUCUCGAUUCGCAUUCCCAUCAGAAGAGAGUGGAUCAUCAUCCACUUUUUAUUAUUCUUUCAAUGCUGGAGGAAUACAUUUUAUUAUGCUCGGGGCCUACAUAUCAUAUAACAAAUCAGGGGACCAGUACAAGUGGUUGGAGAAAGACUUGGCUUCUGUUGACAGGGAAGUAACUCCAUGGUUGGUAGCUACAUGGCAUCCACCAUGGUACAGCACAUACAAGGCACAUUAUAGAGAAGCAGAGUGCAUGAGGGUGGAGAUGGAAGACUUGCUAUAUAAGUAUCGUGUUGACAUUGUCUUCAAUGGACAUGUUCAUGCCUACGAGAGAUCAAACCGAGUCUAUAACUACACAUUGGAUCCUUGUGGCCCUGUUUAUAUCACGGUUGGUGAUGGUGGCAACCGGGAAAAGAUGUCAAUCACACAUGCUGAUGAGCCUGGAAACUGUCCGGAACCUUCAACUACACCAGACGAUAUGGGUGGCUUCUGUGCCUUUAAUUUUACCUCUGGUCCAGCAGCAGGUAAGUUCUGUUGGGACCGACAGCCUGAUUAUAGCGCUUUCAGAGAAAGUAGCUUCGGUCACGGGAUUCUCGAGGUGAAAAAUGAAACACAUGCCUUGUGGACAUGGCAUCGCAAUCAAGACUUCUACGAUACCGCUGGAGAUGAGAUUUACAUUGUUAGGGAGCCUGAAAGGUGUCCACCACCAGUCAAGCCAGAGGAUAGAGCUCACAAAUUAACUUAAACAGACGCUAAGCAUAUAACGAUUUGAAGAAGUGGAGCGCUGGAUUCAUAGAAUAUAAUUUUAUUUUUGAACAAUAUAUUGGUAGUACACAUGUUUUGUUCAAAGUAUAAACAUGCUAUUCAAAUAAUUCUGGUUAAUGGUUAAAUUUGUUAGACUUAAUUCCACUUUUGCUCCCCACGUAACGCGAAUGUGUAAUCGGGGUCUUUAAACUUUGUAAAUAGCAUUAUUGAUCUCUAAAGUCACACUCAUUUGCA